UGAUAUAAUACUGACCAUAAACAUGGUCUUUUGUUUCAAUGAUAAUUUAAAAAUUAUUCGUUUACCCAACAAUGCGAAACCAUUGCAUUAUAAGAUUAAUCUGAUAAUACCGCAUCUCGAGGAAAUCAACUCUGUCUUUUAUGGUGAAUCUACCAUCGAUAUCAUAAUUUAUCGUGCAACGAAAAACAUAAGCUUACACUCAAGAGGAUUAGAAAUAAAUGAAAUAGAGACAACAUUGGUCGAAUUCAAGGAACACAAUUCUUAUACAUUUUAUAAACCGAUAAAACAUUUUUAUGACAAUGUAACGAAUAUUUUAACACUUUAUUUCGAGAAUACAUUAUUUGAGGGAAUUUACAGUCUUAAUAUGAAAUUUUCUGGCAUUAUAUUUGAGACUGAUCUUGGAAACAGAGGUUUUAUGAAAUUUCCGUACACAAAUGAAGAAAAAAAAACCGGCAUAAUGGCUGCAACAUAUUUCGAACCGAAUGGAGCUAGGCAAGUAUUUCCGUGUUGGGAUGAGCCAGAGUUGAAAACUAUUUUCAACAUUUCUGUAAUGCAUCAUCAGAAAUAUUUAGUAUUGUCAAAUAUGGAAAUACAAAAACAAGUGAUGGGAAAAGAUGACAUGAUACAGACAUGUUUUGACUUCACUUCUCCAAUGCCUACUUAUCUUGUAGUGAUUGUUGUAAUCCCCAAAUGUGAUUUUUACCAUCGUUCCAACUAUAAUCAGACUGUCAAUAUAUGGUGUAGUCCGUCUUUGUUAUCGCAAGUAACAUUUAUUUACAAUAUUACUGAAAAAGUCGUGCCAUUUAUGAUUCAAUAUACCAAUAAAUCCGAGGAAAUAUCGAAAAUGGAUCAUGUUUUGAUACCGAAUUUUCCAGUUGACAGUAUGGAAAAUUGGGGACUCAUCACUUACAAUGAAUUUGAUGCUAUUUAUAAUGAUAAUAAACAUUCAAUAUAUAAGAAAAUAAAAGUAGCAAAAAUAGUAACACAUGAACUUAUACAUCAAUGGUUUAAUUUGGUUACUCCAAUUUGGUGGUCUUACUUGUGGUUAAAAGAGGGAUUUGCUACCUUCUUAGAAUCGUACAUCAUUGACAAGAUUUUUGAAGGUUGGCGAAUGAUGGAUCUUUUUAUGAUUUGGGCCUUACAAACUUGUUUGACGAUAGAUGUUGGCUCAUUGAACUCUGUCACAUUGAAACUGAACAGUACUUUUGAUGAUAUGUCGCAGUAUUCUAUUGAACUUUAUGGAAAAGCUCCAGUUUUAUUACGCAUGUUACAUCAUAUGGUUACUGAUGAGGUAUUCCAAAAGGGUCUAAUCACGUAUUUGGACAAGAAUCGAUAUAGCUCAACCACUCCGGAUGAUUUGUGGAGCGCCAUGCAAAGUGCUCUCGACAAAUCUGAUGUCUGGCACGACGGUUACAGAAUAAAAGAAGUGAUGGAUACAUGGAUAAACCAAAACAGUUAUCCUGAGGUGGAUGUGCAGCGAAUAAGCAGCGAAACUAAGGACAUAAUGACAUUUUCUCAAAAAUGUAUUUACAAACAAGAAACUAAUAAAUGUAUUAAUAAUACAUGUAUUAAUAAUACGUGUAUCAAUGAAUGGUACAUACCCUUAACUUUCGCUACGAGAUCCAAUCCGGAUUUUUCCAAUACUGUGCCCAAAGCCUGGUUACGACCAAAUAAAACGUCCAUCCGCCAUCUACUUAAACGAGAAGAUUGGAUUAUUGUCAAUAUACAACAAACUGGAUACUAUCGUGUCACUUAUGAUAUCUCUAAUUGGCAAAAAAUUUCAUAUUAUUUAAAUUUUGAGAAUUACACGAAUAUACACUUUCUUAAUCGUAUUCAAGUCAUCAGCGAUUUAUUUGCCUCUGUGCUGAAUGAACAAAUAAGUGGAUCCGUCUUCAUUAGUCUUAUAAAAUAUCUAAAUCGAGAGAAAGAUAUUGUGGUAUGGCAUUCAUUGUUCCCAAUUAUACAACGAUUGUGGAAAUAUUUUUUCCUGCCAGAGGCCGCACAUAUCAAGACAAUCAUGACGUCACUCCUUGGCAGUUUUCUUCAGAAAAUAGGCUUCUCAGAAAGUUUUCAUGAUGACGAUAUGAUAAAACUGACAAGGCUAGAUACUAUAGAAUGGGCAUGUACUCUCGGUGAGCGGUAUUGCAGGAAUGAGGCAGCCAUCAAAUUAAGCGAACAUCUCAUGAAUCCUAAUAUUUACAAAUUUCCUCAAUGGACGCAAAAAUUUAUGUAUUGUACUGGUUUGAUGACAGCCAAUAGAACUACUUGGGAUAAAACAUUGAUAUUAUAUCAAUAUAAAAAUUUAAAAAAAAAAAAAUUGGAAAACAAUUUAAAGGAAUAUCAAACGAGAGAAAGAUUUGUAAAACUCUUAUUAAAAGGAUUGAGUUGCGCUGAAGAUUCUAAUAUCAUUAUCAACUUUUUAAAUAUUACAGCAUUCAAUCCUACAUUAUUUAACGAAAAGGAGCGUUAUUUUGCCGUCCUGUGUAUUCUUGAGAAUCAUUCGCGCAACAAUUUGAUCCUUGACUACAUAUUAAACAAUUUUGAGACUGUAAAACCUAGGUCAAUGACUAUAACUGCAUUAGUAACAAUUAUUCUUUCGAAUGUUUAUUCUUAUCAACAAAUUUACACGGUAAAUGAAUUCGCCAAAAAUAAUAUUCAAGAUACAUACAUUUUGAAUAAAAUUCAAAUAAUGAUAAACAAACGUAGAGAUAUACUAAAGGAAAGCAUAGACACGUUUAACAGACAAUUUAAUUAGU